AUGUUGAGAACGGCGAGUUCGUUUCCGGAGGAAGUGCUAGAGCAUGUGUUGUCGUUUAUUACAAACGACAAAGACAGGAACGCAGUCUCGGUGGUGUGCAAGUCGUGGUACGAGAUAGAGAGGUGGUCUAGGAAGAUGAUAUUUGUUGGUAACUGUUAUGCCGUGAGGCCGGAGAUGGCUAUAAGGAGGUUUCCGGAGCUCAGAUCGGUGGAGCUCAAAGGGAAGCCGCACUUUGCGGAUUUUGAUUUGGUGCCGGACGGUUGGGGAGGUAGCGUUUACCCAUGGAUCGCGGCUUUCGCUACUGCCUAUCCUUGGUUGGAAGAGAUUAGGUUGAAGAGGAUGGUGGUUUCCGACAAGAGUUUGGAGCUUACUGCGAAGAGUUUUAAGAAUUUUAAGGUUUUGGUUCUUUCGUCUUGUGAGGGUUUCUCUACUGAUGGACUUGCUGCAAUUGCGGCCAAUUGCAGGAAUCUGAGGGAGCUGGAUUUGCGCGAGAGUGAGGUGGAUGAUCGAAGUGGGCAGUGGUUGAGCCGCUUUCCUGACUCGUUUACAUCACUGGUCUCUCUUAAUAUUUCUUGCUUAGGGGCUGAAGUGAGUUUCUCAGCUCUGGAGCGCCUGGUUGGCCGUUGUCUUGAUCUGAAGAUUCUCCGGCUAAACCAUGCUGUGCCCCUUGACAGGCUUGCCAACCUUCUUCGCCGAGCUCCACAACUGGUUGAAUUGGGCACAGGUGCUUACUCUGCUGAGUUGCAGCCUGAUGUGUUAUCUAACCUGACUGGUGCUUUUUCUGGAUGUAAAGAACUGAAGAGCCUAUCUGGGUUUUGGGACGUGGUUCCAGGUUACCUUCCAGCAGUUUAUCCCGUUUGUUCUGGCUUAACAUCACUGAACUUGAGGUAUGCUAAUAUACAAGGCGCUGGUCUCAUUAAGCUUGUCAGUCAAUGUCCGAGUUUGCAGCGCUUAUGGGUGCUGGAUUACAUUGAAGACAUUGGACUUGAAGCUCUUGCAGCAUGUUGUAAGGACCUGACAGAGUUGAGGGUGUUUCCAUCUGACCCAUUUGGUGCAGAACCAAAUGUAUCCUUGACAGAAAGGGGCCUUGUCUCUGUCUCGGAGGGCUGUACCAAGCUUCAGUCAGUUCUGUACUUUUGCCGUCAAAUGACUAAUGCUGCCUUAGUUACAAUAGCAAAGAACCGUCCAAGCAUGACCUGCUUUCGUCUUUGUAUUAUUGAACCACGGGCGCCUGAUUACCAAACACUUCAGCCUCUGGAUUUGGGUUUUGGAGCCAUUGUUGAAAACUACAAGGAUCUUCGGCGUCUUUCCCUCUCAGGUCUACUGACUGAUCGCGUGUUUGAGUACAUUGGAACUUAUGCCAAAAAGUUAGAGAUGCUAUCUGUGGCAUUUGCUGGCAAUAGCGAUCUGGGACUUCACCAUGUGUUGUCUGGGUGUGAAAACCUUUGCAAACUAGAGAUUAGAGACUGCCCCUUUGGAGACAAAGCUCUUUUGGCCAAUGCUGCAAAGCUGGAGACAAUGCGAUCCCUUUGGAUGUCUUCUUGCUCGGUGAGUUUUGGAGCAUGUAAGCUGCUGGGUCAGAAGAUGCCCAGGCUCAAUGUUGAAGUUAUUGAUGAGAGGGGACCUCCAGAUUCAAGGCCGGAAAGCUGCCCUGUUGAGAAGCUUUACAUAUACAGAACAAUUGCAGGGCCUAGGUUUGACAUGCCUGGAUUUGUUUGGACAAUGGAUGAAGAUUCUGUAUUAAGGUUUUCUUGA